AUGAGUGAGCCUCGUUUUGCCUCGUUCAAGCUAGUUCUCCUUGGUGAGUCUGCUGUUGGAAAGUCGUCUAUAGUGCAUCGUUUUGUCAAGAACACCUUCGACGACAUGAGAGAGUCAACAAUCGGAGCAGCGUUUUUGACACAAACCAUCUCACUCCCCGAGGUCAACACCACCAUCAAAUUUGAAAUCUGGGACACUGCUGGCCAGGAGAGAUACAAGAGCUUGGCUCCUAUGUACUACAGAAAUGCCAACGCCGCAUUGUGCGUUUAUGACAUCACAUCCAAGGCCUCGUUCGCAAAGGCUCAAGAUUGGAUUAAAGAGUUGAACAGACAAGCUCCAGAGGGAAUUGUUGUUGCGUUGGUGGGAAACAAAGCGGACCUCGUAGAUGAAAGGCAGGUUGAUGAAGCCGACGUGGAGUCGUACCUUCAGGACCUUAGAGCACAAAGAGGCGAGAGCGCUGGUGACGUGAUUCACUUGGAAUGUUCGGCAAAGUCUGGCGAUGGUGUAUUGGAUAUAUUCAAUUCCAUUGCACAGGCCUUGCCUUUGGAGGAGCCAGCAGCCAAAAGCCAACAAAGCAAAAGAGUAGACUUGAACAGACGCCAGCAGACUACGCUGCAGCUGGGAUGCUGUUAA